AUCUAUAUCCAAAAUCGAUGACACUGAUUUUAUCGAAUGCCUUUCAAGCUAGAUAAGCUGAGAAAACCACACCUAUAGAUCAGCUGGACCACUGGCCUUUCCUGAAGAACCGACUGUCCCCAUAUAGGCAGUCAUGUGACAAGACCCCCAAUAAAUUUGGGCCAUUGACUCAGCGAUGUACCUCUGAAAUCAGAAGAAAUACAGAAGCUACGCCUGAUGCUUUAAUUUGACUCUUGAGACUCUUGAGUGAGAAAGUACAGGAAACCACUGGACAUCCACUUCAGCCAACUAGCAUCCAAACAGACUUUGAAAUCGCCGCCAUCAGAGCCACAGAAGCAGUGUUCCCAAAUAGUGCUCGAGGGGUGGCAUUCCCAUCUGAACAAGGUCGUCAUGAGAGCUCAUCCAAACAGCUUUGAGUUGGUGAAGGUUCUUCAGAAGCUGGAGAAGACCGAACGGAACAGGCUUGUUCAGUUCAUCCAUGGAGCUAAACCACCGCCACGACGUCGUGUGUGCAAGGAGAUUGACAACAUGCUUGAUAGACUAAAGGAUCAGCUACGAGCUGGUGUGAAGGCUCCCUUGGACUUUCUCAGUGCUGUUGGUCGACUAGUGAAGAUGGAGAUGUCCGCUAGGAUUUCAUCUACACAGAAAGUCCUGCUACUGGUUCUCAAACGUGCGAUGUUCGUUUCCAGAGGCGGCUGCCUACUGUUGUUACUUGGAGAGCCAUCUUGCGACAAUAGAAAGCCAAGAUGAAGACCCGUUCAUCAACGGAUAUGCUAUCCGACGUGGCAG